ACCUCCCCGGGCCCCCCCUCCCACCUCGGCUGAGCGCGCCCACCCCCUCCCCAGGAGGAACGCCGAGCAGCGGCCGCCUGCGGAGAAACGUAAAGUUUCUGUGGCUCAAAGUGACGCAAAAAUUCUUCAAGAGCUCUUUGGCGGCGGAUAUCUAGAGAUCAGACCAUGUGAGGGGCCGAGAGUACAAAUACGGCCGCGCGGGCGCCGGCGCCGGCACAGGCAGCGGCGCCCGGUGCCUCGAGGGCGCGAGGGUCGCCCGCGUCGGAAGCCUGGAACCAGCUUCGCGGACUCCCGGCAGAGCUCGCCACCCCACUGAUAAAAAGCGCUAAGGACAGGCACAGAACUGAGCGCCAGAAUUCGGGUCAGUCCACGGCACAUGUGUGUCAGCGUCCAUUCGGCAGAAUGGAGACCACGCCCUUAAAUUCCCAGAGGGAGCUGUCAGCUUAUAAGGAUGGAGAUGACUGUCAAGAAAAUGGUGUUCUGCGGAAGGGCCUCCCUGCUCCUGGGGACAAGGCCGAGUCCAGCCACAUCUCCAAUGGGUACUCAGCAGUUCCGAGCCCGGGAGCAGGGGACGACACUCAGAACUCCAUCCCGGCUGCCACCACUGCCCUAGUGGCUGAGGUUCAUCCGGGGGAACGGGAGACCUGGGGCAAGAAGGUGGAUUUCCUUCUCUCGGUCAUCGGCUAUGCUGUGGACCUGGGCAACGUCUGGCGCUUUCCCUACAUCUGUUACCAGAACGGAGGGGGGGCAUUCCUUCUCCCCUACACAAUCAUGGCCAUUUUCGGGGGGAUCCCACUCUUCUACAUGGAGCUCGCGCUGGGCCAGUACCACCGGAAUGGAUGCAUUUCAAUAUGGAGGAAAAUCUGCCCAAUUUUCAAAGGGAUCGGCUUCGCCAUCUGCGUUAUCGCCUUCUACAUCGCCUCCUACUACAACACCAUCAUGGCCUGGGCCCUCUACUACCUCAUCUCCUCUUUCACGGACCAGCUGCCCUGGACCAGCUGCAAGAACUCCUGGAACACCGGCAACUGCACCAACUACUUCUCCGAGGACAACGUCACCUGGAUGCUCCACUCAACGUCCCCUGCAGAAGAAUUUUACACACGCCACGUCCUACAGAUCCACCGGUCCAAGGGACUCCAGGACCUGGGGGGCAUCAGCUGGCAGCUUGCCCUCUGCAUCAUGCUGAUCUUCACCAUUAUCUACUUUAGCAUCUGGAAAGGUGUCAAAACAUCUGGCAAGGUGGUUUGGGUGACAGCCACUUUCCCCUACAUCAUCCUUUCGAUUCUGCUGGUAAGGGGGGCCACGCUCCCCGGGGCCUGGAGGGGAGUUCUCUUCUACUUGAAACCCAACUGGCAGAAACUCCUGGAGACAGGGGUGUGGGUGGAUGCAGCUGCUCAGAUCUUCUUCUCUCUUGGGCCUGGCUUUGGAGUCCUGCUGGCUUUUGCUAGCUACAACAAAUUCAACAACAACUGUUACCAAGACGCCUUGGUGACCAGUGUGGUGAACUGCAUGACGAGCUUCGUUUCAGGAUUUGUCAUCUUCACCGUGCUCGGAUAUAUGGCUGAGAUGAGGAACGAAGAUGUGUCUGAGGUGGCCAAAGAUGCAGGCCCCAGCCUCCUCUUCAUCACCUACGCAGAGGCCAUCGCCAACAUGCCCGCGUCCACCUUCUUUGCCAUCAUCUUCUUCCUGAUGUUGAUCACCCUGGGCUUAGACAGCACGUUCGCAGGCUUGGAGGGGGUGAUCACCGCUGUGCUGGAUGAGUUUCCACACUUCUGGUCCAAGCGCCGGGAGUGGCUUGCGCUCGGCGUGGUCAUCACCUGCUUCUUGGGAUCUCUGAUCACGCUGACUUUCGGAGGGGCCUAUGUGGUGAAGCUGCUGGAGGAGUUUGCCACGGGACCUGCGGUGCUCACCGUUGCCCUGAUAGAGGCAGUUGCUGUGUUUUGGUUCUAUGGCAUCACUCAGUUCUGCAGUGAUGUGAAGGAAAUGCUUGGCUUCAGCCCUGGAUGGUUUUGGAGGAUCUGCUGGGUAGCUAUCAGCCCUCUGUUUCUCGUGUUCAUCAUCUGCAGUUUUUUGAUGAGUCCGCCACAGCUAUGGCUUUUCCAAUAUAAUUAUCCUCAGUGGAGUAUCAUCCUGGGCUACUGCAUAGGAACCUCAUCUUUCAUCUGCAUCCCCACGUACAUAACUUACCGGCUGAUCAUCACUCCGGGGACACUUAAGGAGCGUAUCAUUAAAGGAAUCACUCCAGAAACACCGACGGAAAUUCCCUGUGGGGACAUCCGCUUGAAUGCUGUGUAAAACAUCACGGAGAUAAGAGUGGCUUCCUAACACCCUCUCGCUCCAAUUCUGACAAGUCACACGUCGCCUUCUCCCUCCAAGUGAACGGGUGUCUGGCUAAGCCUACUGAUGGAAGGGCCUUCUUCCCAGAGACACCGUCCCCCAAAGACUAUGGUGCCCAGACGCUUACGGCCUCCAGCCAUUUCUUUCUGUGAAAUCUCCCGGGCCCGUUCCCGUGUUAGACUCUGGCACAGCGGAAGUGGCCUCUUUGGGAUGCACGAGGGUGGGUGUAUGGCGGCGAUGAACCCCACCAUAUCAUCAGUUAGGAUUAGGUUUAGGGUCAAGUCUGUGACCCGUCUCUCUUGUAUCAUUUCUUACUAUGAACACUGGUGUCUGCCAUCUGUUUGCUAAAGGUUUCACUGUUCACGAAUGCAUAAACCAUGCGGGAGAAAACAGGGAUGCUAGCCAUAUAUUUUCUGAGUAGCAUAGAAUUCUAUAGCUGAAAUCUACUAGAACCCCGUAACCCGUGUGCCGCUGUGAAGUCAGGAGAGGAAGCUGUAAGAAGCUAAGCUGAACAAUAACGUGUCUGUGUGAGCAUGCGUGUCUGUGUGUACUGUCGUUCCAGUGUCCCCUUAUCUCUAUUCUAAUGCGUUGGGCUCAUUACAAACGAUAUGAAUUUCCUCCAGGUUUUCUUACAUUAACACAUUCCACCUAC